UCCCAGCCCGGCUUUCCGGUUUGGAGGCUGAUGAAACUGAAAGUGCUGCAGCGGCAUCUGCUUCAGGGAGGCUGUUUCACCUUCAGCUGAGUAAGGAGCAGGGGAUCAGGUGGCAGGCAGAGCCUUAGAGCCAUAAAGCAUGAGCGGAGUCGAGUCUGGCCUCUCUGAGGAAAUGAUCAAUCUCACCAGAGGACCUUCAGGGUUAGGCUUUAACAUUGUUGGAGGGACGGAUCAGCCGUACUUGCCCAACGACAAUGGCAUCUAUGUCAGCCGGAUCAAAGAAAAUGGGGCUGCUGCUGUGGAUGGCCGAUUACAAGAGGGGGACAAAAUUUUAGCGAUCAAUGGCAGGGACCUGAAGGACUUGCAGCACCAGGAGGCUGUGGACUUUUUCAGGAAUGCAGGCAAUGACGUGUCUCUGAAAGUUCAGCACAGGCUGCAGCCACAGAAUGGCUCAGUGGGUCAUAGAGGAGAUGGAGAGCCAGGUGGUAUUCCCUUAGCUGCCAUUUUGGUGCCAGGUUUGGCACUAGCAGUGGCUGCAGCGUGGCUCUUCCUCAGAUAUCGACAGCGGAUGUGAAAAGUUCACCCUCCAAAGAUCUCUGCAUAUUUUCCACAUCUAUGAUAUAAUUUAAAGAACAAGAAUCAACUGUUUUUUUCCUGGACUGACAUCGGAAAGGGUUAUUGCCUAUCAUAAAGUUGCUGCUGAUGUUCACUAUGUUUUUUUUUUCUUGUGGGAUAGAUAGAGUAGGAUGAAAGUAAGAGAUGAGUAGCAUGAUUGUGUGUAAAGUGGGAUGUGCCAUUUCUCCCUAAUCCCAUGGAAGUGUUGCGACCCCCUUUCUUUUGCACCCUGAAUGUUCAAAUACUUUCACUUAUUCCCUAUUUUAAUAUGUGACUUCUAGGUGGGGAGGGUUGGUAGGGCUGGGGUGUGUUUUUUAAAACAAAACUUUUAUUUUAGAGUUCUUCUUGUUCUUUAAAUUUUACAGCCAACAGUCCCUGUCCCUGCAUCAAGGAUGAAGAGAAACAAUAUGCAGGCUGUCUUGUUUUAUUCCUUCCUUUUUAGGGGAGGGGGCGGGAGGUGGGCUUGCUAACUAAAUGCCUUAGAGAAAUAUGUACAGUCUUACCUGUGAAUUCACAGCUAAAGUUCUCAGUGCAGUUGCUAGUUAAAGCAAAUAUGCAAUGUGCAUGUGUGUUAUACUGGCCCAGGAAAGGCAGGAGGUAGUAUGGCAGGGUAGGAGAAGAGGAGAGCAACUGAGAGAGCUCCAGAGAGAAAAGCCAAAGAAUUGCAAAAGGAGACUUUCUGCCAAGUCCUAGCAUACUGGAAGAAGAGAGACUCCCAAUGGGAUCACAGAUCUAAUCAAUGGGAAGUGAUGUCAUGAAAUAGAAGCUGCAUGGGUUUCUAAAGCAGAGGUUAAGCAACAGCAUGUUAUUCCACAGAGCUACCUGAAGCACUUAUCUUCCAUGUUAAACAGAGAGAGGUUGUGUGCGUGGUUUGUGCCUGAAGGAAGUGUCAUAUUACAUAGUAUCUUUCUGUAAUAGCAGCUGGUUUGCUGUCUUCAGAAUUCCUUCAAAGACUUUAAAAUGAAGUCAAAGACUUUAUAGAGGGAAGUCAUCCAUAAUAUUGGUCCAUACAGGCUACUGCUUGUUUGAAGAGGCUGUGAUAAGGCUUCUGGGAGUGGAAAAGGAAGAUGUACAAUCAUGACAGAUAUUCUGUUAGUACACUAAAUGUUUUUAAGGGAGAGCUGACAGAUUUAGGAACAACAACACAUUUGCAAGAAGCACCCCAUUACUUUCCAUAAAAAAAGAAUACUGAAACUUGGAUGGGUGUUUAACAGGCUACUACUUUUAUCAUAAUCUUAAGGGAGUGAGGGAACAAGGGCAACACCAUUAUUUCAACACAGAGUAAAGCUGGAUUGUACUUAUAGGAGCCAGGCAGAGGAGAAUAGGCAGAGAUGUGUCAGUGUCCCAAGGUGCUUUGAUUCUUUUGGAUGGGCUGUAGGACAAAGCACAUCUAGAUGCUGGGUGGAAUCUCUCAAACACACUUCUUGAGACGUGGUACCUGGAAGAAGAGCAUGAACCAGAGUCAGAUGAUGAGAGAAUUUAGUAAAUAAGACUGAAGGGAGAGACCAUCUCUGUGGGAAGGGUGGAACUGACUUUCAUCUGCAGGACUUUAACUCCUCACUAUGAUUGUUCUGUUUGAAAUCUUCCUGCUGACCUGAAUUCAUUGGAGUGAAGCCUGUUUCUCUUAUAUCCAAGGAAGAACAUUGUUUAGUACUUGUAAAAGAGAAGUGAUAUGUGUCUGGUCUAUAUGAUGCCAAAAAAAUCAGAUGCAAUAUAUAUUAUGUAAUAUUAUAAAAGCCUUAGUCUGUC